AUGGCAUGCCUCACGGCUGCGACUGGCCGGCGCCUCGGCGCGUCAGCUCGGCUCGGCGUAGUGAUAGUGGCCAGCGCAACUCGCCUGGACUCAACGCUCAGCCAGGAGCUCCCGCACGCGCUGGCGCGAGGCAUGGCGCAUGCAACGCGUCUGAAUGCUCGCCUCGCCUCGCGCAAAUGCGACGGGACCGUCCUCGCAGCCGACAGGAUAGCGUCAGGGCUGUCCAUCAGAGCCCCAAGCCUCUACAACAAACUCUACAGCAAAAUCGCGCUCUACAUCGCCCUACAACGCAGGCGCUUCGUCCCGCGGCGGAUGUAG